GGAAGGGAGACUCAAAGGCCAAGGCCAGUGAGGACACCCUUGGGAUCACACUGAACUCACCACAUCACUAAGGUGGCUGAACCCUCUGCAUCAACUAGCCCAGGUGAAGCCCCAGUGUCCCCAUGGAUUUUCCUGGCCUAGGAGCCCUGGGGGCCUCAGAACCCCUGCCCCAGUUUGUGGAUUCUGCCCUGGUGUCCUCAACACCAGAUCCAGCUGGUUUCUUCUCCUCUGGGUCUGAGGGGUUGGAUGCAGCAGCUUCCUCCACUUCCCCAAGCACAGCCACAGCUGCAGCCACUGCACUGGCCUACUACAGGGACACUGAGGCCUACAGACACUCCCCAGUCUUUCAGGUGUACCCACUGCUCAACUGUAUGGAAGGAAUCCCAGGGAGCUCGCCUUACGCUAGCUGGGCCUACAGCAAGACGGGGCUCUACCCUGCUUCAACUGUGUGCACCAGCCACGAGGAUACCCCUCCCCAGGCCCUGGAAGACCCAGAUGGGAAGAGCAGCACCACCUUCCUGGAAACCUUGAAGACAGAGCGGCUGAGUCCAGACCUCCUGACCCUGGGGACUGCACUGCCUGCGUCGCUCCCUGUCGCCAGCAGUGCUUAUGGGGGAGCUGACUUUGCCAGUCCUUUCUUUUCUCCCACUGGGAGCCCUCUCAGUUCAGCAGCGUACUCUUCCCCCAAGUUUCACGGAAGCCUACCACUGGCUCCUUGUGAGGCCAGAGAGUGUGUGAACUGUGGAGCAACAGCUACUCCACUGUGGCGGAGGGACAGGACCGGUCACUACCUAUGCAAUGCCUGUGGCCUGUAUCACAAGAUGAAUGGUCAGAACCGGCCUCUCAUCCGGCCCAAGAAGCGACUGAUUGUCAGCAAACGGGCAGGCACUCAAUGCACUAACUGCCAAACGACCACCACAACACUCUGGCGGAGAAAUGCCAGUGGAGAUCCCGUCUGCAAUGCCUGUGGCCUCUAUUACAAGCUCCAUCAGGUGAACCGACCACUGACCAUGCGCAAGGAUGGAAUUCAAACUAGGAAUCGCAAGGCAUCUGGAAAAGGGAAAAAGAAGCGGGGGUCAAGUCUGGCAGGAGCGGGAGCAGCUGACGGACCAGCUGGUGGCUUCAUGGUGGUAGCCGGUGGCAGUAGUGGUGGGAAUUGUGGGGAGGUGGCCUCAGGCCUGACACUGGGCACUGCGGGUACUGCCCAUCUCUACCAGGGCCUGGGACCUGUGGUGCUGUCAGGGCCCGUCAGUCAUCUUAUGCCUUUUCCUGGACCUCUGCUGGGAUCUCCUACAGCCUCCUUUCCCACAGGUCCUGUGCCUCCUACCACCAGCACCACUGUGGUGGCUCCACUCAGUUCUUGA